AUGCAGCGGAUGAACGCGCUGCGGGCGCUGCUGCCACACCAGCUGCUGCUCGUGGAGGGCGUCACGCGGCAGGCCGAGUCCUGCGUCGCGUACGGCACGGCCACCGCGGCGCGCCCUGACGAGGCCUACGCGCUGCAGUCCGAGGCGGACAUCUGCGAUUGGGUGGUGCGGACUGUCCUGAGCCCCUUCGGGACAGUCCAGAGGGUCUUCUUGGUCUCCACCCAUGGCUACGCGCAGUCCGUGCUGCGCGCCCUCAGCCAGCUGCUCGCCCUCGACGCCGGCCGUCGCCUCGAGCGCGCCCGCCACAUAGGGUGGCAGCCACCGCCGCCUGGAGGCACCGCCGCCUCGAGCGGCCCGCCGGGGCAGCAGCAGCAGCAGCAGCAGCAGCAGCAGGGGCGGCUCGGGCCUGUGACGUACAGGCAGCUGAAGACGCUGUGCCACCGUGUGUCGCGCCACCUGACACGCCACGAGAUGCCGGAGGAGCUGCGGUCGCCAGAGGCGGCGCCGACGGUGGACGUGGAGGAGGCGUUCGACCAGCGGCUGGGGGAGGACGAGUGCCGAGGGCUGAGACUGUAUGCGCACGGCCGCCUGCCGGCGCUGCGCAUCAUGUACGCCGGCGGCCGCCGCCUGCUGCAGCUGCUGGGCGCCUGCCACAAGGCGGCUGUGGCAGGCGAGGGCGCGCGCGACGGCGACAGCUGGGAUGAGGACGACGAGGAGGGCGGGCUGGGGCUGCGCGGCUGCUUGGGUGGCGUGGGCGAGGGUGCGGGCGCGGGCGCGGCGCAGCGGCAGGAGGCUGAGGUGGCAGAAGAGGUCGCCACACUGCUGGACUCGCUGCUGCGGCGCUUCGCAGACUCUGCGGCGGCCGGCGAUGGCGGAGAACGCGGGGACGAGGGCGCGGGGGAGGCGGCGAGGCGCGUGCUGUUGGUGGAGAACCUGGAAGGAAGCUUGACUCAGAUGCAGCGCGCCGCGUGCGACGCAGAGCGGGACCCCGGGCGCCGGCUGACGAAUAAGGCCGCGCGGGAAGAGAGGGAGGCGCUGCUGGCGAUGGACACUGCUGCGGUCGCCCGCGGCGCGUGGCUGUGGCUGCUGGCGCUGGCGCUGCGGCGGGGGUGGCACGUGCAGCUGGCGCAGACGCGGGAGGGCGCGGCCGCGUUCCUGCAGGCGGCGGCGGGGCGCGCAGAGUGGCAGGCCGACAGGCUCGCGGGGCGGGGCGCAGGUGGCGCGGCCUGGCGGCGGCCCGCGGCAGACGCUGACGCUCGGGCUGGUGGCGGAGCCUACGCCGACCGCAGGGCAUCACAGGGGCAGGUGGCAGGUGGCGGCUGCGGCGACACAGACCGCACCCACAGGGUUGCUGCUGCCGCGGUGGCGGGACCGCCACCCCCGAUCUUUGACGAGGAAGAUGUGAUAAUCAUUGACUGA